AUGUCAAAGGUCACGCGCUGGGAUGGUCCCCCACCAUACUUGGGGAUCCUAGAGCAAGUCAGCGUCGUCUGGAUUCGCACUUCCAUCAUUGCUAUACUAAUCAUCGGCUUUGCACUUUGGAUUGGUGCCACGACAGCCGUUUCGGGCAUCAAGGAUGCAAAGGGCGCGCUCGAGGAGGCAUGUGCUGCCUCAGAAAAGGUGGCGACUGUGGCAGCAAAUUUGCCUCACUAUGUCGGAAAAAUCGUCAGUGACGAGCUGAAUUCGGCCAUCAUCGACCUUUUGCAAGCAUCACGCAAGGCUCUCGAGCUACUACUCACGGCGAUGACCUCUGUCGUCCGAUACUUUCUGGAGAUCGUCAACAGCAUCAUCAAGUUCCUCUUUCAAUUCAUCAUUGGUGGACUUCUUGCCGUUGUCACAGACUUUACCAACGCGGCACAACAAACCCUAAACAAUGCAUUGGGUGGCAUCGCGGAUCAAAUCCAAUCUGACCUCAACGCCUCGGUUUCGCCAGUCAAUUCUAUCCUUGGUCGUAUCAACAAUAUCAUCAGGAAUUUCAACCGUGACUGGGGAACAAGUUUCAGCACCAUCAAUACUGUGACCAUCAACUUUGACGUCUCACGAAUUCGCAACUUUCGAGUGCCAAACACUGUCGCGGACACACUCUCCAAUCUGAGUGGCAGGUUGCCUAACCUCGACUCGCUCGUCAACAACAUCGACAAUACAAUUGCCGGUCCCAUUCAGACCCUCACGUCUCAGAUGAACUCUACCUUUUCCAACAUCAACCCUCCGACGGUCGACAUUGCAAUCCCACAGGUUGGAGCUGUCGAGUAUUGCGACAAGCUAAACAUUGGAUUUCUCGACGAGCUUGGAGACGAAAUUCUCUGGGCAAUGCGCGUCGGUUUGGGAAUCUUGGCCGCCAUUGCCUUGAUCAUCUGGCUGAGCCAUGCCUUCUUGCUCUGGCUCAUCUGGCGGCUUGAACUCAAGGGUAACUCACUGGCCGGCAAGUUUUGGUCUCAAGGACACGCUAAACCACCGGCCAUCUCCGCUGUAGGUGCUCAUGCAAUCACAGGGAAGGAAGGCGCACAAGAACCCGUGGCGAGCACCUCACACUCCCCAGCUCCAGAAAAUGCCAUCAUUCCGCUCACACGUCAUAACAUACUCGCAUUGGACAACCCUUUUUCGACAUGGACGGCUGCGACUGUUCUCUCUCUCAUCCCCUUUAUCCACCCUUCCGAGGUCACUCGUGACCGCCUUGCGUGGUUCUUCGCCUAUAUAUUCUCCAUUCAUCCACUGGUAUGCUUCGGAAUCGGUCUCUUUGGCGUCCUUGCCCUCUCAUUGCAACUCAUCCUCAUCAACAUUGUCCGACGACGGAUCGAUCGAGAGCUAGGCAAGCUUAUAGAUGAUGUCGUCGAUCUUGGGAUCGAUACGACAAUCAACAGGGACUUAAACGGUUGGAUUUCCACAGCUGUUGGAGCUUUUGGGAGUCUUUGGACUUCAGCUACCACGACGCUGCGGUCUGGGAUCACUCAAACGUUUCAAGGGACGCCUCUCCAGACGCCAAUGGGCGAUCUGGCGCAAACUAUCACGAAUGACAACCAGGUAGCUUCGAGCAUAUCUAAUGCACAGAAUUACCUACAACAGAACCUACGUCUUGUUGUCCCGCGCAUUGAUCCAAAGGUGUUUGCCCUCUCCAAUGCCACGCUCGACGAGAUUUCGGAUACCCUCGCGCGUGCAGCUAUCGGUGGAAAUGGAAAUCAGGGAGUGUUUGGGCUCAUAUUUGAUCGGUACACCAAGCUACUCAAGAACUUGAUGACUCUCUUCGGAUGCUUACUCGCCAUCUGGGGUGUCGUCGUUGUCAUGGCCCUCGGUAUUCUCCUCGUCGAUAUUAUUCGACAUCGAGGGCCCGCUAAAGGGGGACAAGCUUCGACACAGCCGGGGAUGAGUGAAAAGGAGAAACCGGUCGUAGAGCGAGAUAUCGAAGCGGCAGGUGGAGAGACGCCCGCUCCUGUCAAUACGGAGAGUGACGCUGAGCACUCUGCGUCUGCGACGGGAAAUGAUCCGCCGGUUGCCGGAGACUCGACACAGAGGGAGAAGAAAGGCCUGCGACGCCUGCUACCUUUACUCUCUCACAAGGAAAGGGAAAGUAGUAAAGUGUUCUAG